GGCUCUCACUCAACAGCUCAUGGCGGAGAACCGCUCUCAGUCUCGGCUCGAUCACACCGCUCGGAUCCGCCAAACCGCGUCUGAUCACGGGCACAGGACGACAUGAGCGCUGCUGAGAUUGAGGACACACUGGAUGUUGAGUUUCUGCUUUUACUGAGUCCCGGAGAGCCAGCUGCGUCCAAACACGGUGUCCUCACCAGGCCUGGGAGGCUGUGAGCUAUUGGGAAAGGAACUGAAGAACAAACAGGGGAAAUGGCUGCGACUGCGGGCUUCUCCUCCAAUGGACCUGUACCCUGGACGCUGAGCGACACCGAGGUGAACAAUCUGUACCGGGAUCUGGAGCUGGGGACUGUACUGACGCUCUUUUACUCCAAAAAGUCCCAGAGGCCCGAGAGAAGGACGUUUCAAGUCAAGCUGGAGACCAGGCAGAUUAUCUGGACCAGAGGAACGGAUAAAGUCGAGGGCGAGAUUGAUAUUCGGGAGAUUAAGGAGAUCCGCAUGGGCCAGAAGUCACGAGACUUCGAGCGGUAUGUGGAGGACUCGACCGCCCGGCCGGACCAGGCCCACUGCUUCGUCAUCCUCUAUGGCACAGAGUUUCGGCUCAAAGCGCUCAGUCUGGCAGCGACCUCAGACGAGGAGAUGGUCAUGUGGGUGAAGGGUUUGACCUGGCUGGUGUCUGAUACGCUACGCUCCCCCACACCCCUGCAGAUAGAAAGAUGGCUGAGAAAACAGUUUUACGCAGUGGAUCGCAGCAGGGAAGACAGAAUUUCCUGUAAGGAUCUGAAAAGUAUGCUGUGCCAGGUCAACUACAGAGUUCCCAAUAUGAGGUUCUUACGAGAGAAACUUCCGGAUGGAGAGCUGAGGAAUGGAGAUGUAUCAUAUAGUCAUUUUGCGCAGUUGUACCGCAGCCUGAUGUUUGACGCACAGAAAUCAAUGGAGAUUCCACUGCUGCAGAGGCUUAUUGAGAGACCUGAGCAGAAGAUCUCACUGGAGGACUUCCAGAACUUCCUAACUGAACAUCAGAAGGAGCUCUGGGCUACAGACAAUAAUAAGGUGCAGGAGUUCAUGUUCCACUACCUGAAGGAUCCUCUACGAGAGAUCGAGCAGCCAUACUUUCAUCAAGACGAGUUCCUCACAUAUCUGUUCUCUAAAGAGAACACUAUCUGGGACGUGCAGCUCGAUCAGGUGAGGCCAGAGGACAUGAACAACCCCCUGUCCCACUACUGGAUCUCCUCGUCCCACAACACCUAUCUGACGGGAGACCAGUUUUCCAGUGAGUCGUCUCUGGAGGCGUACGCCCGCUGUCUGCGGAUGGGCUGCAGAUGCAUCGAGUGUGAGUCUCAACGCAGUGCUCAGCCAGCCAUUAUUAAUGGUGUGACCCUCACCACCAAGAUCAAGUUCAGCGAUGUGCUUUCCACCAUCAAAGAACACGCCUUCGUUACGUCUGACUAUCCCAUCAUCCUCUCCAUCGAGGACCACUGCAGUAUUGUCCAGCAGAGAAACAUGGCCACCUACUUUAAGAAAGUGUUUGGAGAGAUGCUCCUGACCAAAGCGGUGGACAUCUCAGCCGACGGUCUCCCCUCGCCCAAUCAGCUCAAGAGGAAGAUCCUGAUCAAGCACAAGAAAUUAGCUGAGGGAAGUGCGUACGAGGAGGUCUCGUCUUCAACGCCCUACUCUGAGAACGACAUCAGCAACUCCAUCAAGAACGGCAUCCUGUACCUGGAGGAUCCCAUCAACCACGAGUGGUAUCCUCACUUCUUUGUCCUGACCAGCAAUAAGAUCUAUUACUCUGAAGAGACGUCAAGUAAUCAAGGGAACGAGGAUGAGGAGGAGCACAGAGAGAUCAGUAACGCCAUGGACCAGCAUGUGACGGAGAAGUGGUUUCACGGGAAGCUGGGAGCGGGGCGAGACGGGCGUCAGAUCGCCGAGCGUCUGCUGUCGGAGUACUGCCUGGAGACCGGCGCGCCCGACGGCUCGUUCCUGGUGCGGGAGAGCGAGACGUUUGUGGGAGACUACACUCUCUCCUUCUGGCGGUCCGGUCGGGUUCAGCACUGCAGGAUUCACUCUCGGCAGGAGGCCGGCAGCCCCAAGUUCUACCUGACGGAUAACCUGGUGUUCGACACGCUGUUCGCGCUCAUCACACAUUACCAGCAGGUGCCUCUGCGCUGCAACGAGUUUGAGAUGAAGCUGACCGAGCCAGUGCCACAAACCAACGCUCACGAGAGCAAAGAGUGGUAUCACGCGUCUCUGUCCCGCAGUCAGGCUGAAAACAUGCUGAUGAGAGUCCCGCGUGACGGCGCUUUCCUCGUUAGGAAGAGAACAGAAGUCAACUCUUUCGCCAUUUCCUUCCGGGCGGAGGGCAAGAUAAAGCACUGCCGCGUGCAGCAGGAGGGACAGACGGUGGUUUUGGGCACCUCAGAGUUUGACAGUUUAGUAGAUUUAAUCAGUUACUAUGAGAAACAUCCACUGUACCGUAAGAUGAAGCUGCGCUACCCCAUCAACGAGGAAACACUGGAGAAGAUCGGCACUGCGGAGCCUGAUUAUGGAUCUCUGUAUGAGGGCCGUAACCCGGGAUUCUAUGUGGAAGCCAAUCAGAUGCCCACGUUUAAGUGCACAGUACGAGCCAUGUAUGAAUACAAAGCCCAGCGCGAUGAUGAACUUUCCUUCAGUAAGAACACCAUCAUUCAGAACGUGGACAAACAGGAAGGAGGCUGGUGAGUACAAGACGCUGUCAAAAUACAGCUGCCAGCGCUCUGGGCUCCGACCUUUACCCCUGUUCUCGCUCUCGCUCAGCAGGCCACAGAGAACAGUCCUCUGGGAGAUCUCCUGAGAGGAAGUGUGGACGUGUCUUCCUGUCAGAUCGUGGUCAGGCCUGAAGGGAAGGGCAGUAGACAGUUCGUCUUCUCUUUGGUCCCUGUGGCUUCACCUCGCACCGGCCCAGUGCUGGACAUCGCAGCCAGUUCACAGGAGGAGCUGAAGGACUGGGUGAUGAAGAUACGCGAGGUCACCAUGACCUCUGAAGCCAAGCUUGAGGAGGGUAAAAUGAUGGAAAGAAGAAAGAAGAUUGCUUUAGAGCUGUCAGACCUCGUCAUCUACUGCCGACCGGUUCCUUUUGAUGAAGACAAAAUCGGGACGGAGCGGGCCUGUUUCCGGGACAUGUCCUCGUUUCCCGAGACCAAAGCGGAGAAGUAUGUGAACCGUAUCAAAGGAAAGAAGUUCCUGCAGUACAACCGGCUGCAGCUCUCGCGGAUCUACCCUCGCGGUCAGCGCCUGGACUCGUCCAACUACGACCCGUUACCCAUGUGGCUGUGUGGCAGUCAGCUGGUGGCCCUUAACUUCCAGACCGCCGAUAAGCCCAUGCAGAUGAAUCAGGCGCUCUUCAUGCUGAACGGCAGGAGUGGUUACAUGCUGCAGCCGUCAAUCAUGAGAGACGACACCUUCGACCCGUUUGACCGGCACUCUCUGAGAGGAGUGGAGCCCAUCACGGUCUGCAUAGAGGUUUUGGGAGCACGCCACCUGCCCAAACACGGUCGAGGUAUCGUUUGCCCUCUCAUCGAGAUCGAAGUUUGUGGAGCAGAAUAUGACAACGCCAAGCAGAGGACGGACUCUGAAGCGGACAAUGGUCUGAACCCCACCUGGCCCAGGAAACCCUUCCGAUUCACCGUGUGCAAUCCUUCCUUUGCCUUCCUGCGCUUCGUGGUCUAUGAAAUCGACAUGUUCAACGACCAGAACUUUCUCGCCCAGGCAACGUUCCCCAUCAACUGCCUCAAAACCGGCUACCGGUCUGUCCCGCUCAAGAACAGCUACAGUGAGGAUCUGGAGUUGGCGUCCCUGCUGGUGCACAUGGACAUAGUCAGAGGAAGGCAUGAGAACGGCGAGAUGUUGAGUCCCUUGUCGGCGGUGGGGGCCAUAGCCAUGCAGGUGGGCCGGGAGCGUACGGGGGACACCAGCUCCGUCUCCUCCACGUCCCCCAUGCCCUCGUCUCCGGGCCAGGCGCUGGGAUACCACGGGCGGGAGGGCUCGUUCGAGGCCCGCUACCAGUCCCCGCUGGAGGACUUCAGAGUGUCCCAGGAGACGCUGCUGGACCACGAGAGCAGGAGGCUUCGCAGGGCUCGCGUCAGCGCCGACAACCGUGCGUAACCCGAGCGGCUGAGCGUGCGACAGAUGGACGGAGCGGACGCAAGGCCAGCGACAAGGGUCCCACAGCUGAUGAUGUCAAGGACUGCCGUGAAACCUGUUUCUAUGGAAGUCGUCAUCGCCAGUGUUUUCGGACAGAUCUCCCUCUCUCUGCGACUCUCUCCCGCUCAGGGCCACGCGAGUGGCAGAGGGGCUUGCGGAGCAUGAUGGAGCUUUGGCUCACGGACAGAAACGAACAAUUAUCUGCUUAGCUACAAUCUGAACCUGCGGACGGGACGGGGGUGUUCUGAUGCUGCGCGAGACUCGGGGACAGCGUUUGGGUGGACGACAAAGGCCAGUGUUUCAAAAUUGAGUGGGGUUGUAUCAUUCAUCACUUUGAAACCGAUUCCAGGUUAACAUUUAUGGAGUAAUAAUACUUUUUCUUUACUGUAUCUCUCUGGCUUAUAUAUAAAUGUGUGUGUGUGUGUGGUUAGAAAAACGUUGCAGCUGAUCUGCUCUCAAAGAGCCUCUCACUCCAGAUCUUUAUUUCAUUUCAGAUUAUUUUUAUUAUUUAAACAUGUUUUAAACUUUCAUGUCAUUUUUUUUAUAUACGAGUAUGUUUUUAACAUGAGGGCUUGGCCUUUUUAAUUGCGUCUUGCAUUCUUGCUCUUUAUCUUCCGAGUUGAUGGACUAAAGUGUUUGACGCGUCCCAGGAUGUGCUUGUGGUUUUUUGUGACAGGCAGGUGGCAGUAUGGGAGAUCCCAUUGAAGUAGUCUCUUGUCUGAGCUUCAGGAAGACAUUCUUCGACAUUUAACAACCUUUAUUUAGCUUUAAAAUGAAAUUAUGAAGUUAUCAAGUGACCAGAGAGCAAUAUCACUCUCCUUGUUUUAUGUUUUGCCAGUCUGCACGGGUGGACUUGAAUUCACAAACAGCUCAGGUGGGGUUUUUGGGCUACGAGAGCUUUGUGGAAACGUCGUGUAUUUAGUUUACAGAACAGAACUUGGACCAUCUCAUUUCAGACCGUUUUAUCCCUCUAAAACCAUUUCUGUGAUUUAUCGUUUACUGUUCCUCCACACUUUAGCAAUUGAAAAGUCUUGUUCCUGAAGGCUUUUUAUGGUGUAGUCUUAUCAGGUCAAAUAGGGAGGACAUUUUAUGUAUGAUUUAGUACCUUUAGUAGCGUGUUAACCAUGAUGUCUGUUUUAAAGGGAUAGUUCACCCAAAAAUGAAAAUGUGAUGUUUAUCUGCUUACCCCC